AUGGGAUCUCAACAAAUUUCAACCUCAGCGCAAAUUUCAUUUCUUGAUAGUGACUCAAAAGCAAUUCUUAAUGGUAUCAACCUAAGACUUAAUGAUAUUGAUCUGAAAUUAUCCUUUGUACUUGAACUGCUUGCAACACGACUUCCGAAACCUGUUGAAUCUACGGAACAACAACAACAACAACACCAUCAUCACCAGCACCAUAAUAUAAAUUCUGCUUCACAAUGUGAACGAAAAUCACCGGAAAACCAGCAGCAACAACCGCAACAAUCUGAUCAUUCGCCUGAUGUUUCAACGUCAUCUGUUGCACAUGCAAUAGAUUUUACUGCAGUCUCUCCCUAUUCUAUAGCUACACCUGUUGCAACGACUACAGCUACUGUAUCAACCGUUAACAACAACGCUCCUAGUGUAUCAUCGCGUAAAUCUGAUAAAACUGAUGAAUGCAAAGCGGAAACAUCACGUAAUGAUACUGGAAAAGUUGAAAGCGAUGGUGACGAAGAGGAUGUUGAUGAUUUUGAGGAAGAUAUUGAGGAGGUAUAA